CCGAGGGAGGGAAUUGACGGACUGAGUAGGCUAGCUGUGGUCUGUGACGUUUAGAACAUACUAAGAAUGAGCAGCUUUUGAUUCACUCCUAAUCAGUGAAACAACAGCAGACAGGAUAAGCAGAUAGUCAUUUAAUAACCUAACCUAUGUGCAAGUUAGCGUUUGUUGAUUCAAUUUAGCAAGUUCUGGUCACUGCAGGAUGCUGUUUUGAAACUGGAUGUAAAGGGUCAAACAUGGAUGUUGCUGUCGCAGAGGAACCCCUGAGGAAAAUCUUCAGAGCAAAAAAGACUAUGAAAGUCAGUGAUCGACGGCAACUGGAAUCCCUUCACACCACUCUUUCCUCUCUAUGUUCUAUCCCAUCCCCACCUCAGCCAGCAAUAGUAAAUGGGAAGCAAUCUGAAGAUGUGUCCAUGGAAGUAGAUAAAGAAACACAUAGAACUACACAUACCACCACUCCUGCCCCUUCCUCCCUGACAGCCACAUCCCUAACCACUGAGACCUCUGAGGAACCAUCAACCUCUGCAUUACUGGUUCCUUCAUCACAGAACAUACACUCUGAUGUAAAAGAUGUUCAGGAAGAUGAAGGAGAGGGGAACAAGGAGGCUACAUUACCCAGCCUCGAGGUAGAAGACAAAAUGAAUGGCGUGAUGAAGGGGGAUAAAGAUUCCAAGGAGGAUGUUAUCCCUGCCUCUCCUGUGAGUUCAGAGAAAACAGAAGCGGUAAGGGAGAAGGAGGUUGAUGAUAUGGAAAUAGACCUGGUACCAGGUACCACUCAGGACACAAUGCCCAUAUUGAACCCUGCCUCCUCCCUCCUCCUGUCCCCCAACACGGCUGUAGAGUCUGUCUCUUCCCCCUCCCUCUCCCCAUCAUACACGGUAGAGUCAGACCAGGAUGUCAGGCCAGGAUUCCUGGUGCUUAGUGAUGAUGACGAUGUCCAGGAUGAGAGAGAAAAAUAUGAGAAAGAGAAAGAACAGAGGGAAAGUGAAGAAGGAGGGGUGGGAAAAGUUGAGGUUAACAUGGAGAAGCAAGAACAAUUUGAAAGUGGUGCUCCAGUUGACUGUCCAUCCCCUUCAUCACCGAUGCCCCUUCAGAUUGAUGAAGAAGAGGAGGGUGCUGCUCUACAGAGGAAACGAUCCCUGUCUGGAGACUCAGAGGAUGGCGGCCAAAAGCAGGGAGAAAGAGAUGUGGAAGUGGUGGAGAGGCAUCACAAGAAGCCCAGAGUAGACUGUGAAGAGCUGGAGGCUCAUGUGGAACUGAAGAUCAGUGGGAGCGCUGAAAGGCAACACAAGCUGAAGAAGGUGGUGCAGCAUCUUGUUGAGGAGCAGUUGCGUGUUCUGCAGCUCACACUGUUUGACAAGAGUCUUCAGGGGCUCAGAGACAGAGUGGACAAAAUAGAAAAACACCCGAGUGCCCUCAACAGCCUGCAGGCAAAGAUUGCCCGACUUUCCAAGAAAGUUGGAACUGCCAACCAGGCCAGGGAGAAUGCCAAGAAACCUCCAGAGGUACCAUUGCCACCUACCUCUACUUAUGCCACAGCAACCACCUCAGCAGGAUCAGCAAUUCUCGGCCUGAGAACAAUGGGGAACAACACACAGGAUCCAAAGCGUAUUGAUCAGAGCAGUCAAACCCCUACUCCUGUACGUAAUGAUCAGAGCAGUCAAACCCCUACUUCUGUACCCACAGCCCCCUUGCUACCUUCCCCCUCUUCCACAUCCUCAACUGGAUCUCAACCCACGUCCCAAACCUUGAUGCUGAGCACCUGUGUUACCCCAGCACCAGCCACCACAGGCACUCAACCCUCUGUGCGACCAGAUGCCUCUGUGCAUCCAGCUGCCCCAGCGCAACUAGCUGCCCCGGCACAACUAGCUGCCCUUGUACCACAGGUGCCUGCAAAAACAGGUAGUCAAGCUACAAACCCUCCUUCAGACUCCACACAGGCAUCUCACCCUGCCAAAUCUGAAGCAUUCAUAGACCUGACAGAGGAGGAGGAUGAUGAUGAUGUUCAAGUUACUGGAGUGCUGAAGGCUCCGAUGGCUUUGAAGGCCUCACCCUCGCCUUCAACAGCGUGUCAGCGAACCACAGCCACACAGCAAACAGCCACCUCCACUUCAGUCGGAACACAGGCCGUGAGGUCAUCUCUUGGUCAGACUUCAGCCGUUGGAUCUCCACACACUGUUCAUCAUUGCCCCCUGCAGGGCUCGCCAUCUAAAAGUGUUGCCUCAGUAACAACCACUUCUUCAUCUUCCACACCUUGCCUCCAGCCCUCUCCCCUUCCCCCUUUGCCUGUCCCACCUCAAACUAUCAGCCUGCCCCUAGAGGCGUCCAGCACCAGCCCUCCACAGCAGCCUCUGCUCAAAAUAACCCGGGUUCCGAGCCAGAAUGACGGCAUCGUGCUCUCCUGGUCUAUGACUGAGGUAGACCAGAGCUGUGCUGCCGUGGACAGCUACCACCUAUAUGCCUACCACCAGGACCACUCUGGCCCCGCCACCCCCGGCACAACCCCCCUACUCUGGAAGAAGAUAGGGGAGGUGAAGGCCUUGGCCCUGCCCAUGGCCUGUACACUCACACAGUUUGUCUCUGGCUCCAAGUACUACUUUGCAGUCUGUGCCAGGGACGUGUAUGGCCGCUUUGGACCAUUCUGUGAGCCUCAGUGCACUGACGUCUUAACGUCCCCUUCACCGAAAGCUCCAAUUUAACCACACGUUAAGAUUUAAGUUAAAAUGUGUUGUGUCAACUUCAAAUGUGUCAAGUUAAAACAAAAGAGGAGAAAUGUUGAUUCUGUAGAUGUUUUUCUGGUAACCAGUCUAGCCAAAGUGAAAAGUUCAGUAAAGAUGCUGGCAAAACGAA